AUGGCGACCAAAGUGUAUAUUGUGUAUUAUUCCAUGUAUGGACAUGUUGAGAAGCUAGCAGAAGAGAUAAAGAAAGGUGCUGCAUCUGUAGAGGGUGUUGAAGCGAAAUUGUGGCAGGUUCCUGAGACACUUUCAGAGGAGGUGCUGGGGAAGAUGAGUGCUCCUCCAAAGAGUGAUGUUCCAAUUAUAACACCAGCUGAGCUUGCUGAGGCUGAUGGACUUAUUUUUGGAUUCCCAACUAGAUUUGGAAUGAUGGCUGCUCAAUUUAAAGCAUUUCUGGAUGCAACUGGAGGUCUCUGGAGAACACAAAAAUUGGCAGGCAAGCCUGCGGGAAUCUUUUACAGCACUGGAUCUCAAGGUGGUGGACAAGAGACUACUGCGUUAACAGCCAUCACUCAGCUGGUUCAUCAUGGGAUGAUCUUUGUUCCGAUUGGAUACACAUUUGGUGCUGGCAUGUUUGAGUUGGAGAAGGUGAAAGGUGGUAGCCCAUAUGGUGCAGGAACUUAUGCUGGGGACGGCUCUAGACAGCCAUCUGAACUUGAACUCGAGCAAGCCUUCCACCAAGGAAAGUAUAUUGCUGGCAUUGCAAAGAAGCUCAAAAAAGGAGCUGCUUGAUUUCUGUAUACCCAAAACAACUACUGUUUGGAAUUCCAUACUUGCAACUAUUUUUUAAGCAUAAUUUUAAUUUCUAGUUGCCUGUGAUCAUAUAAAUAAUGAGGGCUUUUAUUUGAUGCAUUUCUUAGUCAUGAUAUUUGUAUGUGUUUGUUCAGUACAAGUGAUUCCUGUUAAUGAUAAAGUAUGCUAAAUCUAUUGAUUUAGUCUUUACUUUCUCGAUUCUUCAAGUCUGUUUUGCAAAGUUCGUAAUUUAAUAGCUAGUUUGUGAACCAGUAGAAUUAAUACAUUAAUUUUACCAGUUACGAGCUAGCUUUCAAGUUCA